GCGGCCGGCCUGGGUUUGAAUCCAUCCCGCGGCCCUUUGCCGCAUCUCGUCCCUCUGCUUUCCUGUCACUCUUCACUGUAGCCUUCAAAAUAAAGCCGCCCAAACAAAUAUUUAAAAACAACAAAGUCACAAAGCUAAAGCUAAACACACUGAAGAAAUGAUGACAUUCGGCCCUGGGUCUGUGCACCUGGAGGGGGGCACACUUCUUCCCAGAAUGAGUGUAAGUGUUGGGGGGGGGUCAGAUUUGUUGGGCUUUGUAUGAAUCAUCCUGCCACGCUGAACCAAAACUACACACAUUCAAAUCGUUUCCUGUUUCAAACAUCACUCUCACUGCCUGCCGACCACUGUAUCCAUGACAACAAACAUUCCCUAAUAUCAGAGACAACCCACGACUGUCUCGCUCUGACCUAAACGCCCCCCUCCCCCCCUCACUCCGGGCCGACACGGUGCCUCACGUCUGCAGUGAGAAGUGUUGUACCAGCUGGAGUGGUAGUAGUAUUGAGGUAUCUGUGGUCACACACACUGAACAUGUUGUUCUUCUCUGCUUAUCUCUACUUCCUGUUUAAGGUGACAAACACAGACUGGCAGCAGUUUCCGUGACUUGUGAGCACAUUACCUUAAAGGGCUCCUGCACACCUUCAGCCUGUGAAAGCACAAAACCGGGAUACAGUUCACGUCAUGUCACCUGUGCACAACACAUGCUUCAUACUGACAGCAGGGCCAAAGGACGGACCUCACACCGUGAUGUCAUGGUGAUGUCAUAGCGAUGUCGUGGGUGAAGCAGCGGUACCGUGACAUCAGCCCUGUGACCCUGCAGUUGGGGGGCGGAGCUGUGAGCUCCAGCCUGUACUGCGCUGAGGUGGAGGGCGUGGGGGCGGGGCUAGUGGAGUCCUUCCUGGUGGAGCUUUAUCGCUGUAAGCUCUGUCAGUUCACCUGUGGCAUCAAAGCCUCCAUUAACAGCCACCUGCUGCUCACGCACCGCCCCAACGCCUAUCUGGACGGGGCAGAGGCGGGGCUCCAGCAGGGAGCGUCACCCUAUCAGCUAAAGCAGAGUGACGAAGAUGAGGACUUCCUGCUCUACAACAUGCUGGACAACCUGAGCCCGGCUACCUGUGACAUCAGCAGUGAGGGCGGGCUGCAGGUGGCCCACACCUGUGAGGUCACCACACUCUUUGAGGAAGAGGAAGAGGAGCAGGAGGAGGACUCCUCCAUCUUCACUCUGAAGGGGGGCUCUUUAUCCUCUCUGGCCGACACCCCCGCCUCCCAAGAGGAGUUGGCGCAGUCCGCCCACCUGAUGACCCUUGGGCUGUGUCGGAUCUCUGCAGUCAGAGCUCCUCCUCUUCCUUCUUCCUCACCGUCCACACAGCUCACGAAACCACAUGACAGCAGUGCCAACAACAAAGCGAAGGCUCCGCCCCCCAGCCUGCUGUGUCUGCUCUGCCCAUUAAAACUGCCGUCGCGGCGGCUGCUUGAUGUCCAUGUCAGGUCACACCGUGCCAGCGGCGGUUUCGGCUGCGUGCGCUGCAACUGGAUGGCCGACAGUUGGGAGGAGGUGGAGCAUCACUGGAGGAGCCGCUGUAGCCAGAGGAGGAAAAGGAGGAGGGAGCGGGAAGAGAAGAAGAAGAAAACCGCGGUGGCGGUCUGUCACAGGAAGUUCGAAAACAGCACGCUGAGAAGCGCUCCUGAAAAACCACGGAAACACAAUGGAUGGAGGAGCCAGCUGAUUGGACGUGCAAAGCGUAAGGAGGCGGAGCUUCUUGACAGGCAGGCCAGCAGAGCUCGGGCCGCAUCACGGCCGGUCGCCAUGGAGACCACGAGGAAAACCACAAGGAGGACGAACGGAGACGGCGAGCAGCUGACAGCAGAGAGCGGGAAGCAGACGGGCUUCAGCUGCUCGCUGUGCCACAGCAGGAAGUUCUCCUCUAAACUGACUCUGAGGCGUCACCUGGGCGUUCAUGGGGGAGAGAAACCGUUCACCUGUCCUCACUGCUCCUACAGCAGCCGGCUGAAGGCCUCACUGCUGCAACACCUGAGGACUCACACAGGUGAGAAGCCGUACAGGUGUGCAGAGUGUCCGUAUGCGUCCAUCGAUCGCAGCUCUCUGCUCCGACACUACAGGACUCACAGCCAGGAGAAACCGUACAGGUGUCAGCACUGUGACUACAGCAGCAUCCAGAAGAAGAGUUUGGAUCUCCAUGCUCGCCGCCAUCACACUGGUGAGGCGUUCCCAUGUCAACAGUGCGACUACUCGAGCCCGGACCGCCAGCUGCUGCUGAGACAUGUCCGCAGACACCACGCCCCCUCCCAGCAAGCUGCGUUCUGAACAUGAGCUGGUGUGACGGGGCUCGGCACAAAGUUUUAUUUGUGGACUUUUUUAAUGAAAAUAAAAGCUUAGAAAAAAUAA